UUGGCACAAUCACAAAAUUUUAUUUUCAUGCUAUUUGUGUAUUUGCUAAUUGUUAUAAAAAACUGAAGUAACCUUAAAAUCAUCAAUAUAUUCUGUUUUUCUGUAAAUAAUAUAUCAAGAGAACUUAAUAACUACCUGGUGCUAACAUUUAUAACAAGUCUAUAGUUAGAAAAACAUGUCGUUGAGUUAUUUAACUAACUCAACUAAAUGUAUUAGUUCGCUAAAGGAAUUUGUACGAUUUGCUAGCAAGAAAACAGGAGGUAGUACAAGAAACACGAAUUGUAAAACGAAGCCGAAACAUAGAGGAUGGAAAGUGCAGGAUGGGCAUUUCGUGCACCCUGGGCAUAUACUUGCUACGCAACUGACUACAAGAUUUCAUCCAGGAUUAAAUGUUGGAUUAGGAAGAAAUGGUACAUUAUUUGCUAUGGAAGCCGGGAAAGUAGUUGUCACAUGUGAGAAGUUUGACCCUAAUUGGGAACACCCAUGGGUGCAGAGGAAUUAUGCAGGACGGACUAACCAGACAAUUUAUAAGAAAUAUUUCAAUGUAAUACCAGAAGAUCAACACAACAGGUUUAAAUUAAUUGAUGAAGUAUAGAAGUAUAAUAGGGAAAUUUUAAUGAUAAUUAUUGUAUUUACUAUUUAGUUUUGAAAUAUAGAUUGUUGACAGACA